AUGAAGGAUAAAUUAUUCUCUCUCCAAAGUGCAAUUGUGAAAUACUGCGAAAACGUUCAACGGAAGAACCCUUUCCUUAAAAAUGCAUUACAUGAUCUUCAAGGGGCAAUUUCGCAGGAGGCAGGAAAGACUCAAGGUAUGUUUAUAUAUACGCUAUAUUGAUUAGCAAAUUGCUCAAGUAAAUUGCAAGCGAGUCGACAAAUAGCAUUUAUAAAUUACAGAAUAAUCGGAAUGGAAUAAACUUCCCAGGUGGUUUUGAUUCAUCGUGCAUGACAUAGGUUGCAAAGCAACAUGUUCUUAAUAUACCAUUGUAUACGGUAUGUAUAUGUAUAACACCGACUUCUUUCUGUUUUAUAGCAUAUGAAAAUACGUUUGCGUUGAUGGUGCUUCCUAAGUUACUAGAGAAAAAAACGGGAAAGCAAGAUUAUGAAUUAAUCAAAUUAUUGUCGGUUAGUAUACCGUUUUGCCUUUGUUGUACAUGGUGUAUUGAGGGCCUGAUUGCAGUCAUUAGAGUGACGAGAAACCCUCACAAUCCAUGUCAUUUUUAUCCAUUCUUGGAUUACUGGUAUCUGUUUACAUACUGACUGAAUGAACAAAUAGGUAUACGGUAAUAUAAGAGUCGUCAACGUCAUCCGAGCAUGUUCCAAAAACUGGGUGUUGUGUAAACUUACAGCAUUUUUAUUUGAAAACAAACGCAUAUAAUUGUAUUCUCUAAAUUAACUAUUAUAGGAAGAUCAUGAUUUUGAUGAGGAAGUUGGACCAGCAAAAUUCCCCACCAUUAUAGGAGUAACAGAGAGCGUCGUAAAAAUUGAUCGUUUAGCCCUUGCCAUCGAAGGGCAGACACUCUUGGAUGGAUCAAGUUUUCCCUUAGAAAGCGUCCUUUUCGCAAUGCAUCAAUGUUACAACGUGUUUAAUAUACCCAAAAGAAUACCAAAACCUUUUUGGUUUUAUAGACAAUGUUCUACUUGGGCCUGGAUGCUCAUCAACGGCGAAUAG